AUGGGAAGGAACACGAACAGAGGUUUGAACAGACUUACUGCUGAGGUGGUAGAGGACAAUUCCUUGUCUGAAGACUCAUUUAGUGCUAAAAAAGAUGGAAGCAGUGUCCACUUCUUUUACCGGACAGUCAAUGCGUAUGCUAAUGGUCAGAGGAAGCGCAGAAAGAUUUAUGAUCAAGAAACCUCGGUGAAGUGUUAUGUCCGCUGGCACAAGACAGGAAAGACCAAACCUGUGAUGGAAAAUGGGGUACAAAUAGGUUAUAAGAAAAUCUUGGUUCUCUAUGCAUCAAAGAAGGGAUCUAAGCCUGAUAAAUGUAAUUGGGUUAUGCAUCAAUACCAUAUGGGGACUGAUGAAGAUGAGAGAGAAGGACAAUAUGUUGUUUCAAAAAUUUUCUAUCAGCCAUGGAAGGAGAUUGAUAAGAAUGAAACUUCUUUGGUCAUUGAAGAAUCUGAUUUGGAAACUGUUGAAGUAAUUCCCAGCACUCCCAAGACAAAUACUCCUGAUCCUCCUCGACCAGAGUAUACUCCCCCUUCUGAUGUCACCGUUGAUGAUUAUGCCAUUCGAUCACUUGUCCAGUCCGAAGGGCCUCGGGAGUUUUCGGCAAAGAGCAUGAGGAGCAAAGUGGAGAGGCAGAUGCGAAAGGAGUCGGGCAAAACCCCGGAGGGAGAUUCGGAGGGCUAA